AUGAAAAUAAAUAUAAUUAAAUAUUAUUAUAAUAAAUAUAAAGUAUUAAAUAAAAAUAUAGUAAAAAAUAAAAAUAAUAAUUUUAUUUUAAAAUAUUCUAGUAUAAUAAAAUUAUAUUUUUAUGAAUAUAUUAAAAAUAAAUUACAAGUAUUUAGUUUUAAAGGUAUAUUAUUAAAUAGAGGUAUAAAAAAUAAUAACAUUUUAAUUAUUAAAUAUGAUAAUUAUAAUGUAAUAUUUUUAUAUUUUUAUUUAAAUUCUAAAAAUUUAAUAAAUAUAUUUAAAUUAGGUAAAUUAAAUUUAAAUAAAAUUUUAUUAUGA